GCCCGGUCCCGGCCCAUGGCGGGCCCCGGUGCGGGGUCGAUCCCGCUCCGCGCCGCGGCCCCGCGGGGCGCCGGUUCCGGUUCCGGCGGGGCCGGGACGGCGGGCGGGGCGGGGCCGGCCGAGGCCGAGCUUGCGCCGUGCAGCCGGGCGGCGCUGGGACCCGGAGAACAAGGGGCGCGGGGGGACCGGGCGUGCGGAGGCCGCAGCCGGGCCGGGGCGCGGGCGGGGGCCAGGCCGGGUCUGGGGGUCCGGGCCGGGGCGGAGGAGGCGGCGGAGGCUGAGGCGGGGGCCUGGCGGCCGGGCAGGGGCGCCAUGGCGGCGGCCGAGACGAAGAUCAUUUACCACCUGGACGAGCAGGAGACGCCGUACCUGGUGAAGCUGCCGAUCCCGGCCGAGCGCGUCACCCUCGGCGACUUCAAGGGGCUCCUCAACCGCCCCAACUACAAGUUCUACUUCAAGUCCAUGGACGACGACUUCGGGGUGGUGAAAGAAGAGAUCUCAGAUGACAAUGCCAAGCUUCCCUGCUUCAACGGCCGAGUGGUGUCAUGGCUGGUGUCUGCGGAGGGUUCCCAUUCAGAUGCUGGCUCGGUCUGUGCCGAUAACCAGACAGAGCUGCCGCCCUCCAUGGAGCGCACAGGAGGAAUUGGAGACUCCAGGCCCCCCUCUUUCCACCCUAACACUGGGGGGAGUCGAGAAAACUUGGACAAUGAGACAGAGACAGACUCGGUGGUGUCAUCGCAGAGGGAACGACCUCGUCGGACAGAUGGACCUGAGCAUGCACCCAGGGUGAACGGGACAGUGAAGGGAGAGCGGCGCCGAGACCUGGGUGGGUACGAGAGCUCCUCCACACUCAUGAGCAGCGAGCUGGAGACCACCAGCUUCUUUGAUUCAGAUGAGGAUGACUCCACCAGCAGGUUUAGCAGUUCGACAGAGCAAAGCAGUGCUUCCCGUCUAAUGAGAAGGCACAAGCGACGCCGACGGAAACAGAAGGCUCCACGCAUUGAGCGGUCCUCGUCCUUCAGCAGCAUCACAGACUCCACCAUGUCCCUGAACAUCAUCACGGUCACGCUGAAUAUGGAGAAAUACAACUUUCUGGGCAUUUCUAUUGUGGGACAGAGCAAUGAGCGUGGGGAUGGAGGCAUUUACAUUGGCUCUAUCAUGAAGGGAGGCGCUGUGGCAGCUGAUGGCAGGAUUGAGCCAGGAGACAUGCUCCUACAGGUAAAUGACAUCAACUUUGAGAACAUGAGCAACGAUGAUGCUGUGCGGGUGCUGAGGGAGAUUGUGCACAAGCCGGGGCCCAUUACCCUGACAGUGGCCAAGUGCUGGGACCCCAGUCCGCGGGGCUGCUUCUCAUUACCCAGGAUUGCUCCCCAGCGGAUCUGGGCUGGGCCAGACUCUCCAUGCUCCGAUCCGGGUGAGCCCAUCCGGCCCAUCGACCCGGCAGCCUGGGUGUCUCACACGGCAGCGAUGACUGGCACCUACCCAGCGUACGGUAUGAGUCCAUCCAUGAGCACAAUCACUUCCACCAGCUCCUCCAUCACCAGCUCCAUCCCAGAGACCGAACGCCUCGAUGACUUUCACCUGUCCAUUCACAGUGACAUGGCCACCAUUGUCAAAGCCAUGGCCUCACCAGAGUCAGGCCUCGAAGUGCGUGACCGCAUGUGGCUGAAGAUCACCAUCCCCAAUGCCUUCAUUGGUUCGGAUGUGGUAGAUUGGCUCUAUCACCAUGUGGAGGGCUUUACAGACCGCCGUGAGUCCCGCAAAUAUGCCAGCAAUCUGCUGAAGGCUGGCUACAUCCGACACACCGUGAACAAGAUCACCUUCUCGGAGCAGUGCUAUUACAUCUUCGGGGACCUCUGUGGAAAUAUGGCUAAUCUAUCUCUUCAUGAUCAUGAUGGCUCCAGCGGUGCCUCUGAUCAGGACACUUUGGCUCCGCUCCCCCACCCAGGAGCUGCACCCUGGCCUAUGGCCUUCCCAUAUCAGUAUCCACCGCCUCAUCCAUACAACCCCCAUCCAGGCUUCCCUGACCCAGGCUACAGCUACGGAGGGGGCAGUGCAGGCAGUCAGCACAGUGAAGGGAGCCGGAGCAGCGGUUCCAAUCGCAGCGGCAGCGAGAGGAGGAAGGAGAGAGAAAAGACCGGGGAGUCCAAGUCGGGCGGCAGCGGCAGCGAGUCAGACCACACCACGAGGAGCAGCAUGCGGCGCGAGCGUGCGGCCAGCGAGCGCUCGGUGCCGGCCAGCCAGCACAGCCAGCGCAGCCAGCACUCCCUGGCUCACAGCAUCCGCAGCCACCACAGCCAGCAGUCGUACGGGCCUCCCGGCCUCCCCCCUCUCUUCAGCCCCCCCAUGUUGCUGAUGCCUCCACCGCCGUCAGCCAUGGGGCCCCCUGGGGCACCGCCGGGCCGUGACCUGGCCUCUGUGCCCCCCGAACUGACAGCCAGUAGACAGUCCUUCCGAAUGGCCAUGGGCAACCCCAGUGAGUUCUUUGUGGAUGUAAUGUGAAGCGCCCGUCCCCUGUCUGUCUGCUGUCCCUCCUUCCCCCUUCUAUCCCUGUCGUUUGUUUCCUAGGACCAGCCCUGGCUUCAACCCUUGUUUUUUGGGGUUUUUUUUUGUUUAUUUUUUUUGUCUUGAUAACGAAAAGAAAAAAAGGGAAAAAAAUAAUAAAUGGAACUAAACCUUGA